GGUAAGUACACGUAUCGCGCCAAUGUUUUGAUUGUUAUUUCGGUUGCCCAUGGCAACGAGGAAAAAAACAUCAACAACAUUGUCAAAGUUCUUGUCAAAGUUCAUCGGUAAUUCUUAAAAACUGUAGAAUUGGACAGCAGAAUUUUUAACCAUUUCAAUUCCUUAUAAUGGGUAAGGAUAGUGCUGGUCCGAGUGGAAACAGGAGACCUGUCAGCUCGUCCCCGUAUGCAGAGAAUUAUCGUGUUCCGAUGGAUAUGUGCCAGAGGCACCUCAUAAAUCAUCGUUUGAUGGUGUCGAAGCUGACGCGGAAAGAACUAGAGGAUAAAUAUAUCAAUCUUUGCGACGAAAAUUUUACCAUGAAGAAGCGCUUCCAGGAGCAGGAACUGCAAGUGAAAAAGCUCAAGGCCAAACUAUUGAGGCUGUCCAGCGAGAGUAGCAAAAACACUAAAUCUCAAUCGGAUAUGCAUAGCAGUCAGAGUAAGCUGCAUUUCUUGGAAAUUCAGCGACGGGAGUUACAUGAAAAGCUGGAAGCAUUACGAAUAAAUCAAAGUACGGAGAUUCUCACUAAACAAGGGCGAUGUAAAAAGAAACCACAAAACACUAGACUGGUGAAAGAGGACACCACAACGAGAUCGUCUUCAGCCUCCAACGAAGAUGGGAAACGUAAUGAUCGGUUUUAUGAUGCCGACGACGACGACGACCGAAGGGAAGAUUCUUCAACUGAAGAAGAACAAUCUUCUAGCAAAACUAGCGGAAGGGUUCAGAAACUUUGUGAUAGUUGUGAAACGAUGAAAGCCGAGAAAACAGCUAACGAGACAGAAUUUGUAAAAAUGAAAAUGAACAUCAAGCUUUUGAAUAAGGAAAUCCAACACGAAAUGGAGAAAAAUGCUUUGCUUUCACGUCAGCUAGAGGAAAAGCUGUCCUACGAGAUAAUGCGCCGAAAUGCUGCAGAAAAUAUGGAGGUAAUUAACCUGACGCGUCAGUUGGAGGACAUGCACCAGCAAAUGCAGCGUCAGCAGGAGGCGGAAAAACGUGCAGUGGAAGCAGAGUUGACUAAGCAGACCGAGCUCGAAGCGCAAGUUCGCAAGGAGAAGGACAAAAAUACCGAACUGUUUGAUGAGUGCGAGCGGCUGAAAAAGAACAUUGAGAAAUUGAAGGAACAUAUGUCGGAAGUAGAGAUCGAACGUGAUUUUUUGAAGCGUCAGCAAGAAGGUUUGGCUAAGAUCAUUGAUGAAAACAAAGUUUUACGGUUCCAACUUGAAGAACUCCGCAAGCACAACGAGGAUCUUGCUAGACAAAUCGACCUGCUGAAGGAGGAGGAAUCAGUGGCCAAAAGUGCUCAGAAGGAAAUGUUGGAGAAAUUGAAAUCAUUGCAGCAGGAUAAUGAUACACUGUCGGUUCUACUGGAGGGAUUACGUACGGAGAAUGAAGUGUUGGCUGAAGAAAAAACGGUUCUAGAGAAACGUUUCAAAAACUUGGAAGCGUUACCAGCAAAAGAAACCUGUGCUACGGUGACAAUUUGUAAUGAAAUUGGCACUCAAACGGAAAGUCAACAACACGUGGCUGUUAUAGAUGAAAACAAACUAAUUCCGCACUCAAAACCAGUUUCUUCGCCACGUCUAGAGCAACGCUUCUCAGUAGCGAAAAGGUCUCACUCAAUCAGUGAAAACGAAUCCGAUAGUCGACGUAAUUCUCAAAAGCAUGUUCGCAUCAGUCAAGUUAUGAACAAAAUUGAAUUGCUGGAGCACAAUUCAAAAAGACCAACGAAAACUGAUAACACUGCCCUGCUGAUUUCCAACAAAAUUGAACAAAUUACAUCAAACUUGAAGGGAACGUUUGAGAAUUACGACCUACGGGUAACACAAAAUACUUCAGCUCAAGAUUCGAUAGCAACCGCAUCACCAACAUCAUCAUUCGAUAAAAAAAGGAUAUCAUUUCAAGCCGAUAUUUCCGAUACUGCUUCUGCCCAAAAUAAAGAUUCAGAUAUUUCUACGCUGGAUGAAGUGCAACAGAAUUAUGCCGAAUAUUUUGGUUUGGGACCUGCGAGCGAAAAUCGAAAGCGUAUUUCAGAAUUUUUAAGGCCAUCAAACAAUAUCCCUGCAGAACGUAUAGUUCUUACCAUCCAGAUGAUUCGUUGGAAAAAAGAAGCAUACAAAAAGUUGAUAUUGCAAAACGUGCUAAACUUUUACGUUGAGCUUGUCGGAUUCCUAGACUUAAAGGGGCAUAUGUUGGAAACACGCUCCUGCAAGCUCAUGCUCUCCAACGAAAAUUCCACUGAACAACUAGAGUAUCGUUUUGACCAUUCGAUGGAAUUCGAUCUGAAUGUGCAUAAGCAUACUAAUCGGCAAAAAAUGCUACGUGAAAUGUUUGCAACAAACGGAAAUGAUGUUCUAAAAUUCGUGGUGAUCCACGAGCAAGAGCCAACAUAUUCUGAAGUUGGAUAUGCAACCAUCAGACUGGGAAGCGAGAUACGGGGAUUAGCCGUGGAUUCAAAAGUGAUAGAAACUACGGUAUACAGUAUACGGGAUCCUACUGAAGAAGUCGGAACGUUGUUCGUGAAAUUGGAAGGCAUAAAUUUACUAAUACAUAAAUUUUGUGAAAAAUAACCAAAUCAACUUUUUCAUCUUCCCUUUCCGUAGCAUAAAG